AACCGUUUUCAACUUUCCUUCCCAUACAAAAGACAGAACCAAAAAAAAGAACUUUCCUUCUCAUACAAAUUACAACCAAAAUUCCAAGUACUUAAACCCUAUCUACAGGCCCAUCGCGCCAAAACCCCAAGAUCAGCAUCAUCUGCAGUGUUUUAAUAGCAGGGUCUUCAGACCAUCAAUUCCGCUGCAAGAUUUUGAUAAUUGUAGUUAAAUUUUGCUGCAAUUACAUCGCCGCAACAUUGAAAUUGUUGGGUCUGCUGAAUCUUCGAGUAUUCUGCAAUCCUUUUGGGCUUGCGAGUAUGGUCUGGUGCGGUAACUGCGCGAAAAAUAUCAGUAGACCUGAUUAUGUGGAUGGUAAAAUAUGCUGUUCACUAUGUGGAAGAGUUCUGGACGAGGAUAAUUUUUCUCAGGAGCCCACGUUUGUCAAGAACGCUGCUGGGCAGAGCCAAUUGUCAGGGAAUUUUGUGAAGACCAUCCAAAAUGAAUAUUCGGUUUCCCGCGAGAGGAUACUGAAUGAAGCAUAUAAUGGGAUAGAUAGUAUGAUUUAUGCCCUGGGAAUUGAUGGUGGUGAUUCCAUAGCUCGCCCAGCUUUAGCCUUUUAUACGAUAGCAGUUGAGCGCAACUUCACAAGGGGGCGGAGGAAAGAGCUAGUGGAGGCUGCUUGUCUUUACAUUUCUUGUAGGGAGAAUAAAAAGCCAUAUCUUCUUAUUGAUUUUUCAGAGUACCUAAAUAUAAACGUUUAUGUGCUAGGGGCGGUAUUUUUGCAGCUUUGCAAACUUUUGAGCCUUGAAGAACAUCCCAUUGUUCAAAAACCUGUGGAUCCUAGCCUUUUCAUUCAUCGAUUUACUGACCGUUUGUUUGGUGGCAGAAAACCAAGUGUUUCUAGAACCGCACUUCAUAUUGUUGCUAGCAUGAAGCGAGAUUGGAUGCAGACAGGGAGAAAACCAAGUGGGCUGUGUGGAGCUGCGCUCUAUAUAUCUGCUCUUUCGCAUGGUCUGAAGUGUUCAAAGUCGGAGAUUAUUAAGGUUGUCCACAUCUGUGAAGCAACACUGACGAAGCGGUUGAUUGAAUUUGAGAAUACAGAGUCAGGAGGUCUUACGAUUGAGGAGUUCAACACAAAAGCAGAAGAGCUUGAAAAAGAAGAGAGGCUCACCAAAUCGCUGAAUACAGGGAAAGCAUCUGGAAUUGGUGAACUUCUCUGUGAACAUAAGGGUGGUGGGAGGGUUCCUUUUGCUCAUGGCCUUUGUGAAAGCUGCUAUGAAGAUUUCAUAAAACUUUCUGGGGGCCUUGAAGGUGGUUCUGAGCCUCCAGCUUUUCAACGUGCAGAGAGGGAGAGAAUAAUGGCAGAGGAAGCUGCUGCGCAGAGCUCUAAGAACCGAGAUUCCUCCAUAUUGCCUGGCCUAGCAGAAAACCAGAGCAAACUUUUAAAUUCUAAUGAAAGAAGGAGCAUCGAGAAUAUGGGUGAACGCGAAGUUUUACAACCAGCAGAGUCUGAGUCAACAGGAGCUACCUUGAAACAUAAUACUAGUCGUGAUUCCGGCAAUGACAGAAUAAAUGCAGAUGAUGCAGCUGCUGAAGAAUCAGAGACUUUAUCUGACAUUGAUGACAUCGAGGUUGAUGUCUAUCUUCACAGUGAGGAGGAGAAGCAAUUGAAGAAGAUUAUCUGGGAGGAAAUGAACAAAGAAUAUCUUGAGGAGCAAGCAGCUAAAGAAGCUGCCGCAUUAGCUGCAAAGAAAGCUCACGAGGCUUCUUUUGCUAACUGCUCAGAGGAUGUACAAGCUGCACAAAAACUUGCUGCAGCAGCUGCAGCAGCUGUUGCGAAGUCGAGGAAGGAAAGACAACAGAAGCGAGCUGCGGAAGUGAAAAAUUCUGGUCCUGCUCAAACUGCUGCAGAAGCAACUAGACAAAUGCUUGAUAGAAAGAGGCUGAGUUCUAAAAUCAGAUAUGAUGUACUGGAGAAGCUUUUUGAUGAAUCUGAAAACCCAGAGACCACCAAGAAAAGCCGAACAGAAGCAGAUGCCGAUGGUGAUGUCAAGGAUUUUAAGACUAGCAAAGAAGAGAAUCCUGAAGUAGAAGAAACCUACAAUACCUGUAGUGAGAAUGUAGAAGAAUUCGAUUACAACGAUGAUUAUAACGACUUUACUGAUUUCUAGAAACUUCCCCACACAUGUCAACCUGUUGUACAUUAGUAUAUAUUUGAAUGCUGAUUUAUCUCAUAGAUGCAUAAGUCGCUAGUUCUGUUUGUGAAAGAUACAGAAGAACAAGUCUUACUAAAGUGGCAUAAUGCCCUAUUUAUUCUUAUACACAGACUA